AUGACGAUGUUGAAGUUGUUUGGAGUCGUCUUUUUCUGUGGCCUCCUCUCGCCCUCUCAAGAAGUCUUGUCCGGGCUGUCCUGCGCCGUCAGCCCAGGGGCGAUGCAGAACGUCCUCUCGGAUGCCAUACUGCAGAACGGCCUUCUCCAGCAGCACCUCCAGGGCCUCGUGCUCCCGAACAUCAUGGGUGAAGGGGGUCUGCUGAACUCUCCCACCAGCAUCACUGGGCCGGGGAUCGGGGUCCAGCUGACCAUCGCCGCAAAGCUGGAGCUCAGCGGCAACUGCUUGGUUGGCCUUCUUCCGGAACUAAUCGAUAUCUUGGUGGAUGUGAACAUUACGGCAAACAUCAAAUGCACGAAUUUUGAAUCGGGCACGGUCCAGGUCGUCAUCGAAGACUGCCUCUGCAUUCUUGGGGCCGUAAAGAUCAAGCUCCUUUCUGGCUGCCUCUCCGUGUCGGUAAAUGACAUCGUGCUUCGGCAGCUGACAGCGACCCUGCCCGGCCUGCUCUGUCCCGUCGUCGACAUUGUCGUUAACCUGGUGAACAUCCAGCUCCUGGGCACCCUUAACGGUGCGUUCCCGGGCAGGAGGGGGGGCUGCUUCCCGGCCCUCCCCUUCACCUCGGGCUUGUUCCUGGGGCUGGAUUUAGAUGGUGCGGUGCAGCAGGUGGGAGGCAGCAUCAUCCCCCACGACUCGUCCCCCUCCGCUUUGCCGCCACUGCUGGACAAGCUGCUGGGCCAGAGCUUUCUCAACGCCGUCCUGUCCCUCCUGAUCCAGAUACCGCCGCAGACCUUCACCUGCACGCCCGAAGUCUUCUCCGGUGCCAGCCGCCUGCAGGAAGCCAUCGCGACCCUCAUUCCUGCCGGGUGCUCCACCUGCCGUGGGCCCAGUCCUCUGAGCAUUAAGCUAACUUUGGCUGGGAACCCACUCAUCCUCUUGGAAGAAAACAAAGCCACCGUCGAGCUUUCGGCCAUGAUCCAGGUGUUCAUUAAGCGUUUAGACGGAACCAUCCUCAACCUCCUGCUCCUGAAGGCUGACCUCAGUCUCAACGCCCACGUGUCCAUUGCUGGAGGCAGACUGGUGCUGGGCCUGUCCCUGGGCAGCACUUCCCUCGCCUUGGAGUCGUCCGACGUCGGCAUCAGCAACAUCUUGGACCUGAAGCCCCACUGCAGCAGCCUGCUGGCAGAGACGCUGUUGCCCCUUAUCAACGGAGCUCUGGGCGUCGGGAUCCCUCUGCCAAACGUGCUGGGCAUUCCCUUAAUAAAGGUGGACAUUCAGAUCUUAGCGGGCCUGCUGGUGAUCCUUGUGUGA